AUGAGUGGACGAAAACGACAGAAGCGGUCGAGUCGGUCCCGCGCGCGACCGGUACACACCCACCCGCACACGAUCCUCACAGACGCAUCGUUGUCCCCCUUGUCCGGCGGUUGGGGUUGGAUACUUCCUGGAGACAACAAGUCGCGCGUGGCGGGUGGAGUCGCGCCACUAGACACCGUAUAUCCACCCGCAAGUACGAGUAUCGGGCAGUGCCUGUUCCACGUGUUUCACUUUGGCACGGCGGCUGCGGGUGUUAUCUGGCUGUACUACUUGACGACGGUGUACGCGCAGCAGUACCUUGGGACCACGCGCGGCCGACGCUAUCGUGUAACACACACGUUGCCAGCUAGUGAGACGGACGGGUGUUUCAGCUCGACGGUCAACGUUGACGCAGACGCGGGCGAUGGAUACUGUAUCGGGAACGUGCCGUUUAUGUCGUGGGUCAUGUACGCCAUGAUGAUUUUCAGCGAGUUUCUCAGUUUCGUUGUGGCGCUGCUGUUCAACUUCAGUAUGUGGCGUUCGAUUUGUCGUGGUGCGCGGUACAUGGACGACUUCGAGCUGCCCACUCCCGGGGAACAGUGGCCGAUGGUCGACAUCUUGUUGUGUCACUACGUGGAAUCGGUCACGUAUUCGAUGCAGACACUAAAGAACUAUCUUUCGCUGCAGUAUGCGCCCGAGCUUCUCGACAUCGUUGUGCUGGAUGUUUGUUACUAUAAGACUGUGUGGGUUGCGAUCGACCACUUGAAGGUGACGAUGAACUCCAAUGUGGUUCGAUUUGUGGUGAUUUGCGUGGCGACCUUGCGUGACUCAUGCACGAGCGUGUGGUGGGCCUGA